CAUUGACACCGAUCAGCACUUUAUAUCGGAAUUUAAGCGCUUGUAAGACACAGUAAAGAGAAGCAGGAGGUUUAAAUCUGCUGUUUGUUUAUUAAUCUGCUUUAUCGCUUUGAGGCUCGAGAGGACUUUUCGACACAGUGGUAAAUAAUGGCAUUUUUGGGCAGCGCGUGCCGGCUCCUACAGUUGGUCAGAUGCGGUCCGCCGGUCAGUUUGUGCACGAGUGUGUCUCUCAGAGGACAGUCGACAGCAGCUGCGUUUGCCAGUUCACCCGCUCCAGAGACACACGAGAGCAGCAGAAAACCCAAAACAGGGAUCCUGAUGCUGAACAUGGGCGGCCCCGAGAAACUUGAAGACGUUCAUGAUUUCCUCCUUCGGCUCUUUUCGGACACAGACCUCAUACAACUUCCUGUGCAGAAUAAACUCGGCCCGUUCAUUGCCAAACGACGCACCCCAAAGAUCCAAGAGCAGUACAGCAGGAUCGGAGGAGGGUCACCCAUCAAAGCCUGGACCACCAUGCAGGGAGAAGGGAUGGUUAAACUCCUGGACGAGAUUUGCCCUGAGACGGCUCCUCAUAAGUUCUAUAUUGGUUUCCGGUAUGUUCAUCCGCUCACUGAAGAUGCUGUAGAACAGAUGGAGAAAGAUGGUGUACAGAGAGCCGUCGCCUUCACACAGUAUCCACAGUACAGCUGCUCCACUACAGGCAGCAGUCUGAAUGCGAUCUACAGGUACUACAGUAACCGUGGCGACAGGCCAAAGAUGAACUGGAGUGUGAUUGACAGGUGGCCAACACACCCUCUACUGGUCGAGUGUUUUGCGGAGCAUGUACGAAACGAACUGGACAAGUUUCCCCCUGAGAAGAGGGACGACGUGGUGAUUUUAUUCUCCGCUCAUUCUCUGCCCAUGUCUGUUGUAAACAGGGGUGACCCGUACCCACAGGAAGUUGGCGCUACAGUUCAGAGGGUGAUGGAUCGGUUGGGUCACUGUAACCCGUACAGACUCGUCUGGCAGUCAAAGGUGGGACCGAUGGCGUGGCUGGGGCCGCAGACUGAUGAUGUCAUCAAGGGUUUGUGUCAGCGCGGGAAAAAGAACCUCCUGCUGGUGCCCAUCGCGUUCACCAGUGACCACAUCGAAACGCUGCACGAGCUCGACAUCGAGUAUUCGCAGAUCCUCGGAGAGGAGUGUGGUGUGGAGAACAUCAGAAGAGCAGAAUCUCUCAAUGGAAAUCCUCUGUUUUUCAGGGCAUUGGCUGAUCUGGUUCAGUCUCAUUUGAAGUCAAACGAGCCGUGUUCUCGUCAGCUCACUCUGCGCUGUCCUCUCUGCGUCAACCCCACCUGCGGUCAGACCAAAGCCUUCUUCUCCAGCCAGAAACUCUGACCUUUGACCUCUCCGUCGCCAGAUGCAUCAUUUCAGACCGUGCUGAUGGAGGUGUUCUGCGCCCCCUCUGUGUUGAUGGACGGGAGGGUGUCCCAUUCAAACGCCGCCAUCACUGAAGACGAGCGCACUUUAACCCUCAUUCCAGCCGCGACAUAUUAAACGUCCUCUUCCUGUCCGUCCUGUUUCUCCCAUCAUGCACUUGUGUGAACCCUUUGAGAGUGUGUGCAGUCCAAAAAUACAAAUUAUUAAAAAGUGCAAAAUCAGUCAGCGUGGAAAACUAACAAAAAAUCAUUGAAUCACCCUCAUGUCGUUCCAAACCCGUAUGGUGGGAUGCUUUGAUAAUGUUUUCCAUGCAACUCGUCUCAGGAAGGCAUAUGAUUGUUUUGCUCUUGGAACGGAUGAAAUUUAAGCUGUUAUUCACUGAAAAUCAUUCACAUUGGUUAUCUGAGAGCGUCCGUCUAUCUGUGAAUAACAACUUCAAUUUCAUUCUGAUUCUCGCACAAAGCGAUCGAGCGAUGGGGCUUUUUGUCCUUUUUGGAGCUUCAUAGCUCUUGGUCACUGUAUGGAAAAGAGCAGCUUGGACAUUCUGCUAAACAUCU